CUCUGGCACGCCCCCUCCACCAACAACGCUCCUCCACCAGGCUCGUUCUCCUGGACCAGCACCGCUUCAGUUCUCGUCCUCUCGCUCGCCGGUCUCCUAUGGACGCUCUCCAGGAAGUCGGCUACACGCACACGCGUACUGGCGAACGGAACCCGCGCGGUCUGUCCGCCGGAACAGCUCAAGGAUGACUUGCCACAGGGCGCGGUCGUCAAUGCGUAUACUAUGGAACGUGAACUGACGGUUCCGUUCCCCGUGGACGAUGUCCGGGUCGCCAAAAUUCUCGUACAUCCUAUCAAGAGCUGCCGCGGAACAUCCCUGCAAGAGGCGCGGUACACACCGGAAGGUCUCGAGAAUGACAGGAAAUGGUGUAUCAUAGACGCAGAUUCCCGUGCCAUCAUCACUGCCCGAGAGGUUGCAAAGAUGGUUCUAAUAACACCACGAGUCGAAGUCGACCCGGCCUCUCCAUACGGCGGGAAACUGGUCGUAUCAUUCCCGGAGGACUCAGACCUGGAGACGUUCUCAAUACCCCUCUAUCCUACCGAACAAAUGCUCGAGGAUUGGCAUAUAAUCGAAGACUGUCGCAUGUUCGGCAAGUACCUCGUGCAGGGCUACGUCGUCUCCUCCACACUCGACUCGGACUCGGACGCGCGCACGCCCUCCGACAUCCUCUCCGACUACUUCGCACGAUCCGUGCACCUCGUCAUGAAGGGCCCGGCGGCGCGCGCGUGCCCGCCGACGACCGCGUUCCCCGCGCUGCAGGAGACGGCGAAGUUCCAGGACGGGUACCCGUUCCUCGUCGCGAGCGAGGAGAGUCUUGGGGAGGUGGGCCGCGUCGUGAGCGCGUUCGCGACGGACGAGAGCCCCGCGGCGCGGAUCGGCGGUAUCGACCGCGAGCGCUGGCGCGACGGCGGGGUCGAGAUCGAGAGGUUCCGACCAAACAUCGUUUGCAAGGGUUCUGGCGUGCCCUUCGCGGAAGACAUGUGGCGACAAAUCCGCAUCCACCCCGCCGCCGCAUCAGACGACCACACCCCCGAAGAAGCCCGCACAUUCACGCUCGUGUCCAAGUGCACGCGCUGCCUCCUCCCAAACGUGGAUACGCAGACAGGCGCGCGCGACGCAGCGGUGCCGUACAAGGUACUGCUCAAGUUCCGCGCGAACAAGGACCCCAUGCAGAAGAGCAAGCCGUGUUUCGGGUGCAACGCCGUCGUGGGUGGGGAGGGCGUCGUGCGCGUGGGCGACCGCGUCGAGGUGCUGGAGUGGGCGAGCGGAAGUGGAGUAUAGACUGGGUGUCCCGUGCGAUUCAGAAGCUACCUGGGUUUGCGUAUCAGCUUUGCGUAGAUGCCGCCGACUGCCUUUGGAGUAUCGUAGACGGUGAAAUCAGUACUCUGUCACUGAACGUACAGU